GUUCCAGUUCCUGUACCCGGUUUCAGGCCAACCUAAACAUGGGGGGAGUCAUGGGAUGGGUGCGGUUUGACUCCACCAAUCAGACGGCGACCGUGAACAUCACCGGUACCGGAACCUGUGGUUCGUCGCUCAACCUCUCCCUGAGUGUGUUCCCUGUGAUGUUCGGCCAUUUUGCUCAGCCUUGCCUUGAAGUCAAUGUAGGAGCGAGCAUCUUCUCGUUCACAAUCGAUCCAUUCUCAUCCAACACCACUGUUAAUAUGUCCAGUCUAUUUAAGCAGAGGUCGAAUCUGGAUGACCUUUCGUUGACCUUGGAGACGUGCAACGGCACCAAAGCUUGUACAGUCAUAAGUGGUCAAACCACAGUUCAGACGUGGCAGGCCAGGUUCUUCAGCUCGGUCGCCGGCGACAUUUACAUCAGGCAGAACGUCGGACAGACCCACGCCAGGGUCCUCACAAACUUGGCCACAAUUGGUCAGGUCGGUGCUAUGGCAACCAACGUCAACAUCUUGACGUCGCAGAGUUCUGCUAGAGACUGUAAGGCUCUUCUAGAUAGUCUGGAACCCUCAUCUCUCACCCAGCUUGGGGAACUGAAAGUAGGCACCCCUCUCACACCCGUAAAGUCUCGUUUGGACCUCACUAGUGUCAGCUCCAACACUCGUUUCGCUCUCCUGAAACUGGGCUCUUCGAGUUAUAAGUGCGCUGAGAUCAGAACAAUGGACAGGAAGGAGGUGAGCGCCCUGGUGAACAUGAGAGGGGUCAAGGGUUACUUCCUCUUCAGGCAGGCCUCGCCGUUCGACGUUACAGAACUGAGAGUGAAUCUGACCAAUCUGGGGAGCCGGGUCGGACCUUAUCACAUCCACCACUUCCCCACACCUCCUAUGAGGUCACCGCCGCAGACGACCUGCUCCAACGACAACGUUGGAGACCAUUGGAACCCGUUCGGGAUAGACACUAAAGAUCCCACCUACCCCUCUGGACCUGGGUCGACCCACGACCGGUAUGAAGUAGGGGACCUCAGCGCCAGGCAUGGGUCACUAAAGGGUAAAGCUGAGAUGGACGCAGAUUUCACAGACUUCAACCUCCCUUUGUUCGGACAGAACAGCAUAGUGGGUCGGUCUGUGGUAAUCCACCAACCGGAUGGAGCUAGGUUCCUGUGCGCCUACAUAUGCUACCCAGGAGAGGUGCACGUAGCCAGGGCUAUGUUCCGACACCCUGUGGUGGGUAUGGUCCAGUUCGUCCAACUCAAGAGCAACCCGUUGUCUGAUGUCACAGUCUUCAUGGAUCUGUCCUAUGGGAGACCCUCCGUGAACGCUACACGUAACCACCACUGGCACAUCCACAUGUAUCCUAUUAGCUCGGAGAUGGACACGGACAAGGGGAGGUGCGGGACCACGGGGGGCCACUGGAACCCCUUCAAUGUGGACACGGGCGAUUCAAGCUACCCCCUCCACUGUGGCCCCUCCAGCCCCUUUUCCUGCGAGGUGGGGGACCUCUCCAAAAAGCACAGCACCCUCGACCUGGGGACCCGAGUGGGUGGAGUGGCGGCCAAACACUUCUUCACAGAUACCACUUCCUGGUUGGCACAUCCGGCAGGAUCGGGCUCCAUGAUUGGUCGAUCGGUGGUGAUCCACAGCGCGGAGGGCGCCGCCCCCAGGAUAGCCUGUGCUAACCUCACAGAGGUCCGGAUGCCCGCGGCGGUCUUGGGCCCCUGGCAUGGACCAGAGGCCUCCAGGGGCCAAAUCCGGUUUUCCCAGGCUUUCCCUCAGGGCCCAACCAUGAUGGACGUCUCCCUGGCUGGACUCAGCUCCAGGGCUGGGGGCUACCAUGUCCACAUGCUACCUAUCAGUACCACAGGUACUCUUUCAUGUUCUUUAUAAUGGGAGCCAGAUGUCCUUGAGUGUUGUGAAAGUCCUCUAGUGUUCUGAGUGUUUGUUCAGCCUUUGUUUGUAUAUCUGUUCAUUCAUUUCAAAGUUGUAACUGUUUUGUAAUAUGAAUAGAUUACUUGAUAAAAUCUAAAUUUUUUGAAACCCAAAGUAUCAAUCCUUUUCCCUUAUUUUGUGAAAGGCGUCUAUCAAAUAAAACAUAUUAUUUGUAAUAUUACAGGGGAGCCCUGCUCGGACAACAACAUCAUGGGCCACUUCAACCCCUUCUCCUGGAAUGUGUCUGCUUCUCCUGCUCCGGGGUCAGGGACUGUGGAUGAAUAUGAGACUGGGGACAUCAGCGGGAAGUUCGGGAUGCUGACGAAUCAGAACCAGACACAGACUCAGUAUUUGGAUGGAAAUAUGCCGAUGACAGGGCCGAACAGUAUAGUGGGGAGGUCGUUGGUCAUUCACUACACUAACGGAUCCAGGUGAGUGUGGGGAUUUUGUGUGUGUGAAGAGUGAGAGAGAGGGUAGCGAGAGAGAGAGAGAGAGAGAGAGAGAGGGAGAGACAGAGGGAGAGAAAGGGAGGGAGGGAGAGACAGAGAGAGAGAAAGGGAGGGAGGGAGGGGAGAAUGUGUCCUUUGUCAUGGGUCUGUAUAGCCACAGUUUCCUCCAGGAGUGCUAUAAACAGCCAAACCAAGGCGGGAAGAUUGUAUCAGGUGGUGUGUGAUUAAUUUAAGACUGCUGUAGACUUGGUUCCUCUUUGGGUCACAUGUGUGAUACCUUGACAUUUAUGAACAGAACCUGUGUCAAAGUUUGAACGUUUUACAUUACCUUACCAUUCCUCUUCAGCUCAGUCAGUUCACGCAGAAAAUGUCGGACUCAAAUCAAACACUGUACUCAUGUAAAAGGGAGGUAGCUAUAGUCCCUUUUUUACAUGGGGGACACAGACAUUUGAGUCAUUUAGCAGUCACUCUUAACCAGAGCAACGUACAGUACUGAGUGCAUACACUUUUUUACUGGUCCACCGUGGGAAUCGAACUCACAACCCUGGUGUUGCAAGCAUCAUGCUCUACAUGGGACUAUACAGGACAGCUCACAUUAUUACCUUGAACAAUGCUUGUUUGGCACAAGAAGAAGCCAAACAGGUAAAGUAGGGCCAUUAUAGGGUAGGAUGUCUGGAAUACUGUAACAUCAUCUCUUGUUGUGGCGUUGACUUCUAAAGGGAGUAUGUGGUCAGUCUUCUGAAUCGGCACCAUAUAGGCCUACAGUGUUAUACAUUUUACAACAAUACAUUUUAUAACACAUCUGAAUCAUGUUUUGCAUCCCUAAUGCACUGUUUCAUUUUUGAGUCGUUCACAAUAAUUGUUUUCUUUAAUGAGUUAAUAUUUUGUCUAUUUGUGUUUGUGAACUCCAGGAUGCGGUGUGCUGACAUCUCAGCUGAGAAUGCAACAGAUGGACACUGGGUGUUUGCCAAGGCUGUCUUCAAAAGCACAGUGACAGGGACAGUCACACUGGUAAGACCUGGAUCUCUCCUUUGCUCUCUACAAUGUUCAGAUGACACAAAAGUACUUCAUUGGUUUGAAUCCAGUCUAAUGCUAUUUCAGCAAAAAUCUCUAUAUUUCAUACUGCCUCUUCUCUAUCCAAUAAAGCAUUAAAUACCAAAGAUAUACACACAAAAAAAUACUUAAUUAUUGCCUACAGGGGAAACCUAUUUAGACUAAUUCAGACCAUGAGGAAUACAAGAACACUCAUCUGCAGGGGUGGAUGUUAUCCCAUUUAUUAUAUGUCCCAGGAGAGUAAGCUGGUGAAUCAUUACAAAGCUGCCACAAAAACAUGACACUGUAUUUUCUGCUGCGCCAGACAGUGAAUUCAUUAGGGCUGUGGCAGAGUCCUGUGUGUGACAAUGGGGCGUGUGUCUGGAUCUGUGUGUGUAUAUCUGUGCGUGUUUGUGUUUGUCUAUGUGUGUCUAUUGCUGCGUUUACACAGGCAGCCCAAUUCUGAUGUUUCUUUUCACUAAUUGGUCUCUUGAAAAGAUCUGAUGUGAUUGGUCAAAAGACCAAUUAGUGGAAAAAGAUCAGAAUUGCGCUCCCUGUGUAAACACAGCCUAAGAGUGUACCACUGGCCUGUAGAGUCAUGUGCUGAGAUUCCGUGUAAAAUGUUCUAGUAUCUAGCAGCCCCCGGCAGCCCCCAGUCUAAAGCACUCAGGAGAACAGAUGUAUUUGUCAGGCUCCUAUACAGACCUGUGUCCUCUACAGUGUAUCUCUAUUACUGUUUAGGAUGCUUAGAUAACCAAUCAAAUAUCCUUUCAAAUAUUAUGGUCUAUCAGAUGAAGGAUUUGUGUGCUCUUUACAGACAGUUUAGAACACCUGGUAUGAGCGUCCCAUAAAACAAGUGCUAAUAUAGCUUUGCUGAUAGGACAGCAGUAUGUUCAUGUUCCCAGUGAAGUAAGAUUGCAUAACCUUAAAACACCUGGUUAAAUUACAUUGACUCAGUAACUAGUCUAACAGUAAAGUACUGUCUUCAGUCCCAUUGACUCAGUAGCUAGUCUAACAGUAUACUCUACUGUCUUCAGUCCCAUUGACUCAGUAGCUCGUCUAACAGUAUCUCUACUGUCUUCAGUCCCAUUGGGGGCUCUACGUCUUCAGUUCCCAUGACUCGUAGCUAUCUAACAGUAUACUCUACUGUCUUCAGUCCCAUUGACUCAGUAGCUAUCUAACAGUAUACUCUACUGUCUUCAGUCCCCAUUGACUCAGUAGCUAGUCUAACAGUAUACUCUACUGUCUUCAGUCCAAUUGACUCAUAACUAGUCUAACAGUAUUACUCUACGUGUCAUUCCCAUAUGGACUCAGUAGCUGUCUACAGUAUACUUCUACUGUCUUCAGCCAUUGACUCAGUAGCUAGUCUAACAGUAUACUCUAACUGUCUUCAGUCCCAAUUGACUCAGUAGCUAGUCUAACAGUAUAUCUCUACUGUCUUCAGUCCCAUUGACUCAGUAGCUAGUCUAACAGUAUACUCUACUGUCUUCAGUCCCAUUGACUCAGUAGCUAGUCUAACAGUAUACUCUACUGUCUUCAGUCCCAUUGACUCAGUAGCUAGUCUAACAGUAUACUCUACUGUCUUCAGUCCCAUUGACUCAGUAGCUAGUCUAACAGUAUACUCUACUGUCUUCAGUCCCAUUGACUCAGUAGCUAGUCUAACAGUAUACUCUACUGUCUUCAGUCCCAGCAGACUUUUCUGGAUGGCAGCUACAGUGACAUCACUCUGGAGGUGGAUGUGCGGUCAUCACAGGUGCUAGACGUAAGCAUGCAUGGAUCUCUUGGAUCUGUUCAAUCUCUUUUAAUAGAAACAAAAAAAACGUAUGUCACAUUCUUUGUUGUUAUCUAAUUUAUAACCUUAUCACAGGUAGGUUCCAUCGAAAAAGGGAGCCUGGAAAAAUAUCCUAUUUUUGUGACAACAAAUAACUUAUGUCACAUAGUUGCUGUUAUCUAGCCCACUGUGCAAUCUCGGCAUCCAGAAAUCAAUCAAAGUCAAUCAAUCAAAUGUAUUUAAAAAGCUAUUUUUACAUCAGCAGUUGACAUAAAGUGCUUAUACAGAAACCCAGCCUAAAACUCCAAAGAGCAAGCAAUGCAGAUGUAGAAGCACAAUGCAGAUGUAGAAACAAUGUAGAAACAAAUCAGCUGCUCUGUAGCAUUUUAAUUUUAGUUCUAUUAGAAAAGGGAAGCCGUAUAAAAAGAAUGGUAAAACAUCAGAGAAAUAAUAAUGUUUUUCCGACUGUAACCAGGUAACAGAGGUUUCCUGGAUCAUCACUGGUAUUCGCUCUGAGGUGAACGAGAGCCAGUGUACCAGUGCUGGGGACACGUUUAACCCCUUCAACAUGGAAGCUGGGGUGAGUUUAUUCUCUCAUUUUCACUUCCAAUACAUCAUGGCCCUUAUUCAUACAGCAUCUAGGAUAGAUCAGCACUCCUACUCUGAGAUGCUUUAUGAAUAAGGGCCCAGUACAUAGCCUCAUAGGAUCAUUUCACCCACUGUGUAGCACUGAUCUCUGUUUUAUUUCAACUUUAAAGUUCCACUUGAUCAACAAGUCUUAUGGAAUCCAACGGAACUGUAUUUGAUAUGCCAUAGAAUCUUUGUCUUUGACAAUGUCACAGUUGUUGGGUUUUGAGUUUGCAAGAAAGGCAUUUCACUGUACUUGUGCAUGUGACAUUAAAACUUGAAACUACACCACAACCACAACCAUACACCUCACAUUGUUUUCAUAACCAGAAGUGAAAGUGUUUGUUAGAAUUGGUUUCCAUAGAAUUAGAAUGACUAAUGAUUCUAAAUCUAUGUUGAUUUCAUAGAAAUAGAAUGAGUAGAACAGACGUGGAACCUCUGACCCAGCCCUAUUGACUUGAAAGGGGACUUCCCUUCUAGUAAUUCUAUUUCUAUGGUUGGUUCCAUCCUCUCCUCUGUUCUGUUCUCUCUCAGAGCUCCAGUUGUUCCCGUGACAACGCUCUGAGUUGUGAGGUGGGAGACCUGACCACCAGACAGGGGACAGUCAGCCUGACACACAGACAGCUGUACACCGACACCAGCAUACAACUGGCAGGGGACUACACAGGUAACAGACACAAAUUGUCUGUUCAGGAAUCUAGACUCCUUUAGUAUGCAUAUAAAACAUAAUAGUGAUGUAUUGUCAUUACACACUCACUGAACUGCAAUCCAAAAUUGUUGCGUCACAUUGUUUCCCAAGAGAAUCAAGUUUCAUGAGAAAAAUGUCAACCGUCUUCACUAUUAGGGGAUAUGUCAUGUGUGAAACAACAAAGUAAUUUAGGUGAUAAUCUAAAAAGUAUAUUUCUGACUUUGGUGCUGUUGUUGAUGUUGUUGUUGUAGUGGUCCACAGGUCCCUGGUCCUGAGGAGCGGCAGCAAUGUCUUGGCGUGUGCCGUCAUUCUUCCAGAAUCCCCUUGGGCAGAGCAGACCUUCCCCAACGUCAUUUCUUUCAGCAGGUGGGUGUGAUUGACCCGACUGGGUAUUAAACCGCCUGUGAACUCAAGACUGUGUUAGCCCAUCAAGCUAAAACCUACAGGCGUUAGUGUUGGGAGCCAAUAUGUGUGAACCCUCUGUGGAAAGGGUUCUACCUGAAACCAAAAAGGGUUCUCCAAAGGGUUCUCCUUAGGUUCUAGAUAGCACCUUUUUUUCUAAGAGUGUAUUCUCGCCACCUCCAGCCAGCCACCACACGUGCCACACCUGUAUAAGACGAUGGAGGGUUCAUUGGCAACUAUGUGACACAACUCAUUGAUCACAUCUUCAUAAAGGGUUUGGCCCAGUGCCAAUAGUCGAACCACAAAAACAAUCCAACCAUAUCUCAAAUACUUUAGAUGAUAAUACACCAUCACUAGUCCUGUAUUAUGGGAUUACAGUACAUCAUCAUCAGGUCUGAUUUCAUUAUUACUGAAAAAGGAUACAGGUGGGAAAUAUAAAGAUCCAGUCCAUUAAAAAAAUUGGAGGCCCCUUACACUUCAGUGUUGUGAUGCAAAAAUUCUAGUAAAAUGUAUAGCGCAUAGAAUAAAAAAGGUAUUGUCGGACAUUAUUCAUUCUAAUCAGACAGGCUUUUUACAUGGACGAUACAUUGGAGAUAAUAUAAGGCAAGUACUGGAAACAAUAGAACACUAUGAAAAAUCUGGGAAACCAGGCCUGCUAUUCAUAGCAGACUUUGAAAAGGCAUUUGAUAAAGUAUGACUGGAGUUUAUAUAUAAAUGCCUGGAACAUUUCAAUUUUGGAGAAUCUAGGUGUAAAAUAGUAAAUAAUGGCUAUUUCUCAGAAAGUUUUAAACUGUCAAGAGGAGUAAAACAAGGUUGUCCACUAUCGGCAUAUCUAUUUAUUAUGGCCAUCGAAAUGUUAGCUAUGAAAAUCAGAUCCAACAAUAAUAUCAAGGGAUUAGAAAUCCAGGGCUUAAAAACAAAGGUGUCAUUGUACCCUGAUGAUUAAUGUUUUCUUUUAAACCCACAACUUGAAUCCCUCCACAGCCUCAUAGAGGAUCUAGAUACAUUUUCUAACCUCUCUGGAUUACAACCAAAUUAUGAUAAAUGUACUAUAUUACGUAUUGGAUCACUAAAAAAUAACAUUUUUACAUUACCAUGUAGUUUACCAAUAAAAUGGUCUGAUGGUGAGGUGGAUAUACACUGAAUACAUAUCCCAAAUGAAAUAAAUGAUCUCACUCCAAUACAUUUUAAUAGAAGGUUAGCAAAAAUAGAUAAGAUCUUGCUACCAUGGAAAGGUAAAUACCUGUCUAUUUGUGGAAAUAUCACCCUGAUUAACACUUUAGUAUUAUCCCAGUUUACCUAUUUGCUUAUGGUCUUGCCUACGCCUAGCGAACAGUUUUUUAAAUUAUAUGAGACAUUUUUUUUCCAUUUUAUUUGGAUCGGCAAGCCAGACAAAAUUAAACGGGCCUAUUUAUAUAAUGAAUAUGAAUUCGGAGGACAGAAAUUAUUAAAUAUUAAAGCAUUAGACCUAUCACUAAAAACUUCAGUCAUACAAACGUUAUACUUAAAUCCAAACUGGUUCUCUAGCAAAUUAGUAAGAUUGUCUCACCCCAUGUUCAAGAAUGGCCUUUUUCCCUUUAUUCAGAUUACAACCUCUCACUUUAAGUUAUUUGAAAAGGAAAUAAUCUCCCAAAUAUCACUAUUUCUAAAACAAGCCAUAGAAAGUUGGUUGCAAUUUCAAUUUAAUCAUCCAGAAACGACAGAACAAAUAAUGCAACAAAUAUUGUGGUUGAACUACAAUAUACUAAUUGAUAAAAAAAAUUAUUGUUUGAAAAAAUGUUUGAAAAAGGUAUAAUCUUUGUAAAUUAUAUCAUAGGUAGGACAGGUGGAGUUAUGUCGCACAUGCAGCUAACAAAAACAUAUGGAAAUGUCUGCUCUACCCAAAAUUACAACCAAAUAAUUGCAGCAUUACCGCAAAAUUGGAAGAGGAACGUGGAAGGGGGAAAAAGUAAGGAACUUGUCUGUCGGCCCUGCAUUAAAGAACAUAAUUGGUUAAAGGAAAUUGUGAUUAACAAAAAAAGUAUACCAGUUUCAUUUAAGGACCAAAGGAUUGACAGCCGUCCCAUAUAGAUUGCAAAAUAGUUGGGAAGAGAUUUUUGACAUACAGUUGAAGUCGGAAGUUUACAUACACGUAAGUUGGAGUCAUUAAAACUCGUUUUUCAACCACUCCACACAUUUCUUGUAAACAAACUAUAGUUUUGGCAAGUCGGUUAGGACAUCUACCCUGUGCAUGACACAAGUAACUUUUCCAACAAUUGUUUACAGACAGAUUAUUUCACUUAUAAUUCACUGUAUCACAAUUCCAGUGGGUCAGAAGUUUACAUACACUAAGGUGACUGUGCCUUUAAACAGCUUGGAAAAUUCCAGAAAAUGAUGUCAUGGCUUUAGAAGCUUCUGAUAGGCUAAUUGACAUCAUUUUAGUCAAUUGGAGGUGUACCUGUGGAUGUAUUUCAAGGCCUACCUUCAAACUCAGUGCCUCUUUGCUUGACAUCAUGGGAAAAUCAAAAGAAAUCAGCCAAGACCUCAGGAAAAAAAAUGUGUAGACCUCCACAAGUCUGGUUCAUCCUUGGGAGCAAUUUCCAAAUGCCUGAAGGUACCACGUUUAUCUGUACAAACAAUAGUACGCAAGUAUAAACACCAUGGGACCACGCAGCCGUCAUACCGCUCAGGAAGGAGACGCGUUCUGUCUCCUAGAGAUUAACGUACUUUGGUGCGAAAAGUGCAAAUCAAUCCCAGAACAACAGCAAAGGAUCUUGUGAAGAUGCUGGAGGAAACAGGUACAAAAGUAUCUAUAUCCACAGUAAAACGAGUCCUAUAUCGACAUAACCUGAAAGGCCGCUCAGCAAGGAAGAAGCCACUGCUCCAAAACCACCAUAAAAAAGCCAGACUACGGUUUCCAACUGCACAUGGGGACAAAGAUUGUACUUUUUGGAGAAAUGUCCUCUGGUCUGAUGAAACAAUAAUAUAACUGUUUGGCCAUAAUGACCAUCGUUAUGUUUGGAGGGAAAAGGGGGAUGGUUGCAAGCCGAAGAACACCAUCCCAACCGUGAAGCCCGGGGGUGGCAGCAUCAUGCUGUGGAGGUGCUUUGCUGCAGGAGGGACUGGUGCACUUCACAAAAUAGAUGGCAUCAUGAGGAAGGAAAAAUAUGUGGAUAUAUUGAAGCAACAUCUCAAGACAUCAGUUAGGAAGUUAAAGCUUGGUCGCAAAUGGGUCUUCCAAAUGGACAAUGACCCCUAGCAUACUUCCAAAGUUGUGGCAAAAUGGCUUAAGGACAACAAAGUCAAGGUAUUGGAGUGGCCAUCACAAAGCCCUGACCUCAAUCCUAUUGAAAAUGUGUGGGCAGAACUGAAAAAGCGUGUGCGAGCAAGGAGGCCUACAAACCUGACUCAGUUACACCAGCUCUGUCAGGAGGAAUGGGCCAAAAUUCACCCAACUUAUUGUGGGAAGCAUGUGGAAGUCUACCCGAAACAUUUGACCCAAGUUAAACAAUUUAAAGGCAAUGCUACCAAAUACUAAUUGAGUGUAUGUAAACUUCUGACCCACUGGGAAUGUGAUGAAAGAAAUAAAAGCUACUAUUAUUCUGACAUUUCACAUUCUUAAAAUAAAGUGGUGAUCCUAACUGACCUAAAACAGGGAAUUUUUACUAGGAUUAAAUGUCAAGAAUUGUGAAAAACUGAGUUUAUAUGUAUUUGGCUAAGAUGUAUGUAAACUUCCGACUUCAACUGUACCGAUUCCAUGGCAUAGUGUUUAUGAACUGAUACGCAAAACGACGCCGGAUUCAAAACGUAUAAUUUUUCCAUUUAAAUUAUUAUACAAAAUUCUUGCUACCAAUAGAAUGUUAUUUAUAUGGGGGAUACAAUCUUCCCAGCUCUGUAGAUUUUGCAGCAAAGAGACAGAAUUAUUAGAUCAUUUGUUUUGGUACUGUCCAUUUGUAGCUUUUUUUUGGACACAGGUCUAGGAAUGGCUGAAGGAUUUCAAUAUUUACCUGGAGCUAACCCUGCAGAUAGCCCUACUGAGUGAUCUGAAAAGUCAUAGUCAAUCGAUCAAUAAUAUAAUAAUACUUUUAGCAAAAUUGUUUAUUUUCAAUUUACAAUCUGUAGAAACAAUGAGAAUAGAAGGGUUCAGACCUUUUGUGAAACAUCACAGUACAGUUGAAAAAUAUAUGGCAAAUAGAAAUCCAAUAUGGAUAGUGUUAAGCGAUAGAUGGGAGGUGUUGAAUGGAGCUGAAGGAUGGGACUAAAAACAACUAACAACAACUAAUAACAACAAGAUAACUAAUGUAAAGCAUACUGUGUCCAUAAUAAGUAUAUAGGUUAUAGGUUGAGAGCUUUUGUGAAAGAGCACAGUUAGAAAGAUAUGGCAUAUAGAAGCAAACCGGAUGGACAUCAUGAAAAUUAUCAGAGAGGUUGAGGGUAGAGGAAGUUCAGGAGUAAAAACAAACAAAAUAUAAUUAUUGUAAAAUUGACUGUGUCCAUAAAAUGUAUAUAGUAUGUAUUAGCUGGAAGUAGAGGCCUAAGCAUUGUUCACUAGUUUACUCCAAUUAGGGAAGGGGUGGUGGGGUUGGAAUGUAUUUUUUUAAAGGAUAUGUAUAUAUAUAUGUAUGUAUAUGUAUUUAUAUGUAUGUAUGUGUAUAUGUAUGUGUAUGUAUGUAUAUGUAUAUAUAUAUACACUACCGUUCAAAAGUUUGGUGUCACCUAGAAAUGUCCUUGUUUUCGUAAGAAAACUGUUCAGAGGCGACUGAGUGAAUCAGGCCUUCAUAGUCGAAUUGCUGCAAAGAAACCACUACUAAAGGACACCAAUGAGAAGAAGAGACUUGGGCCAAGAAAGGGAAAUCUGUCCUUUGGUCUGAUGAGACUUUUGGUUCCAACCGCCGUGUCUUUGUGAGACGCAGAAUAGGUGAACGGAUGAUCUCCGCAUGUGUAGUUCCCACCGUGAAGCAUGGAGGAGGGGGUGUGAUGGUGUGGGGGUGCUUUGCUGGUGACACUGUCUGUGAUUUAUUUAUAAUUCAAGGCACACUUAACCAGCAUGGCUACCAUAGCAUUCUGCAGCGAUACGCCUUCCCAUCUGGUUUAGGCUUAGUGGGACAAUCAUUUGUUUUUCAACAGGACAAUCACCCAACACACCUCCAGGCUGUGUAAGGGCUAUUUGACCAAGAAGGAGAGUGAUGGAGUGCUGCAUCAGAUGACCUGGCCCCGACAAUCCUCUGACCUCAACCUAAUUGAGAUGGUUUGGGAUGAGUUGGACCGCAGAGUGAAGGAAAAGCGGCCAACAAGUGCUCUGCAUAUGUGGGAACUCCUUCAAGAUUGUUGGAAAAGCAUUCCAGGUGAAGCUGGUUGAGAGAAUGCCAAGAGUGUGCAAAGCUGUUAUCAAGGCAAAGGGUGGCUACUUUAAAGAAUCUCAAAAAUAAACAUUUUUUGGUUACUACAUGACUCCAUAUGUGUUAUUUCAUAGUGUUGAUGUCUUCACUAUUAUUCUACAAUGUCGAAAAUAGUAAAAAUAAAGAAAAACCCUGGAAUGAGUAGGUGUGUCCAAACUUUUGACUGGUAGUGUAUGUUGUCGUAUUUUUUUCUGUGUAGAUAUGACUUCUGCAGAAGUCAAAUUGUAUAUUUUCCCAACAAAUUAUAAAAACAAUAAUACAAACUGUGUAUUGUUCAUUUGUCUCUCCAGAUAUGACUUCCGCAGUAGGGUGGCAGAGGUCCUAGAGGUGAACAUGUCCAGGGUCACCAUCCUUCCAGGGUCUCCUCUGGCCUCAGUGGAUGGACUAUGCCAGAAAGUCAGCUUCCUUGUCUCAGGUACAGCCAAUGAUAUAGUGCAGUAUGUGUAUGGGUACAGCACAGUGAUGCACAAUUUUCUUUUAUCAAAAUUUCAUGCCAUCAAGUUUGAAAAAUGUUAUGUCUCUGAAUUACGGAGGCAGUGUGGCACUUAAGACAAAUUCAAAACAUUACAUUGGUAAUUCUUGUCUCUGCCCAUGCCUAUUAUCAGCUUCCUUAUCUCAGAUACAGCCGAUGACAUACAGUAGUACAUUAUCGUUUGUCUAUGGUUCAGCGCAAUGAUGCCCAAUAUUCCUUUAUCAAAAUCUGCCUGAAAAAUGUGUUUUCUAUGAAUUUCUAUAUUGUUCAAAUGUUAUAUUCUUUCCAAAUAAGACAGACAAUGUUCCAGCACAAACACUGAUAAUUGUGGCAAACUCAAAACAUUACAAAAUUAAUUAUUGUCUGUGCCCAUGAUAAUAUACCAAGUCCCCUCUCCUGACCCUAAAACUGAACAUGUAAGGUGUAACAAGGAAGUGUGUGGGUUGUGCUGAUGAAUCAGAUCAGCCUAAAACAUCUGACAGUACAUGUGGGGGAAUUGUUUUAACAAUAACAAUAAAGUGUAAAGUGUAAAGUCCCAGUGCAGUCCAAACCUCUCUGCCAAAAACAGCUAAUUUUCAGUUUUCCCCACCCCACUCAGACCACUCCCAGACAGUCCAAGCUAAAUUCUUGCUUGAGAAAUUGCUCUUUACUAAGAAGCAAUUUUUGUGUAUUUUUGACCAUUUUAAAUGAAAACAAUCACAGUAAGGUACUUAAUUGUUACCCAGAAAUGAUUUGAUAUUGAGAUAAAAAUGGCUGCAUUGGACCUUUAAGCACUUGUGAGGGAGAUCCCCUAGGGCUUAUAGUCUACAAGCCUACAGCAACUUCAGAAAAACAAUAAAGUAUCUUCCUCAGUGAGUCAUUGAAAGUAGUGAGAAGUUAGUCACCCGUAUUCAGAAGUGGUUUCAGGACAGGUUCACUGCAGAGGUGUUGAAGCGAUGACAGUAAUUCAAGUAAGAAUGACAGCUACUGCACAUUGUUGAAGUGCUUCAGUACCACGUCACUUAGUUUAAGGUAAACAUCAGUUCAAGUAAACUACUGACAGUGACAAUACAGUCUAGGCCUAUCACCAGUCUAAAGUUAUAUUGGAAAGGUGUGUGUGUGUGUGUGUGUGUGUGUGUGUGUGUGUGUGUGUGUGUGUGUCUGUGUGUGUGUGUGUGUGAUUGUGUGUGUGUGUGCGUGCAUUUAUAUUUGGCAAGCCAGUUUCUUGGAGGUCAUGACACACUACAUUAGUCAAAAGCAUUAACCUGGAAUGUAAACCUAUUGUUUACAUCCCAAACAUUAUAAUUAUGUUGUCUGGGUGAUUGAACAUCACACCACUUAUAUAGUUGUCUUAGUCAUUCAAGUGUCACAGCAGACAGUCAGGGAGAGAGGGAAUAGAGGUGCUGCAAAACGAGCUGUAUGUGGCUUUGGUGGUGGGUGGAGGAAUACCUAUUUGAAGAAUGAGGAAGUAGGCCACUCACAGACGGGCGGCAGGUAGCCUAAUGGUUAAGAGCGUUUGGCCAGUAACCGAAAGGACGCGGGUUCGAAUCCCCAAUCUGACUAGGGGAACAAUCUGUUGAUGUGCCCUUGAAAAGGCACUUAACCCUAAUUGCUCGUGUAAGUCGCUCUGGAUAAGAGCGUCUGCUAAAUGUAGAAAACGUAUGUAAAUGUAGUAUAAUGGAGACAAACAACUCCUCCUAUCGCUACAGAGCAAUUUACCAGGGUUUUUGUGUGUCAUAUUCAAUGAACUGUCAAAUCGUGGGAGUCUGUGUAGAUGCUAUGCUAGGUGUUGAUUCUUCCCUCCAUAAAGCUUUGUUGUUUUCUCAGCCCUUGCGCCCCACUCUGAGAGCUACUCAGAGAUAUCUGCGUUCCAAAGGCACCCUAUUCCCUACAUAGUGCACUACUUUUAACAGAACCCAAUGGGCCCUGGUCAAAAGUAGUGCACUAAGUAGCUAACUGCUCAGGCCUCUGUGUCUGUCCAGACAAUGAAGAAUUCUGCCCAUUCAAAAGCCUUAGAAAACCUGGAAAAACUGCUGGGUAACCUGAUGCUGGAGUUGAGUGUCUGGCUAUUCUCUAUAGUGUACUACUUUUGACCAAAGCCCUAUGUACCCUGCUCAAAAGUAGUGCACUAAGUAGGGAAUAGGGUGGCCUUUGGGAUGCAGCAUGUGUCCCCUCCAAGUUGUCUGUCCCAGUAGGACAGAGGAGAGCAGUGUAUGGAGAAGUGGUGCCACAGUGUAGCACAGACAGGAUGGCCUUUAUGACAUUAGAAGAAUACAUCAGUGGAACGUUCUCAGUCUAGGACUGCCUGAUGAAGACAUAUAGACUUGUGAAUGCUAAACUAUGUUUGUGAAAAAAGUGUAUUUGUCUCGUUUAAAAACAUGUAUUUUCCUUGAUCUGUGUACUCAGACUAGGCUGUAGAUUUAUUUAUUGAACCUUUAUUUUAUCAGGGAGUCAUACUGAGACCAUAAAUUACAGAAAAUACACACAUCAAAAUAUAAAUAAAAAAAGCAAGCAGAAAGAAAAACACUGUCAUAAAAAACUAACACAUUCAUCAGUAAUAAGGUCCUCAAUCAGCUUUCUGAAUUGCCCUAUAGGCACCAGAACAUCAAAUGUAAGAACAGUUUGAAGAUUGUUCUACAAAUAAGGUGCAAGAAAACAAAAGCUGAUUUACCUAACUCAGUAGAGACCAAAGGAAUUUCCAGUGUUAACCAUCCCUGAGACCGGGUGUGGUAACUCGUAUGUCUAAAGUUUAGUAAUGAUGUUAGGUACAGUGGGACUUUUUGUAAAAGGGCUUUAUAAAUGAAAACAUAGCAAUGCAUUAACCUACAUGACAUCAAAGAGGGCCAACCAACUUUCUGGUAGAGAAUGCAUGAUAUACCAUCCAAGCUUUUACAGACUCCAAAACAAUCUUUACAAAAUAUUCUCAGUUUAGGGAAGCCUGAUGAAGACAUUACAGGGGGGAAUAAAGUGGUAAUAACAUUGUAAAAAUACCAUGGUAACAAGUUACUCACAAUGCUCCAUAAUAUUCUGACUUUUAAUAACCAAUACCCUGUUGACUUACAGGGGAGGUGAGUAUGGACAAGAUUAACUCUAUCAAAGACAGUAAGAAGAUGGGCAUGUUUAAGCAGACAGAAGGUUGCUCAAGUAAGUACACCACUGACACACACACACGCACCCACACACACACACACACAAUACAGUAGGUGUGAUAGUGUAUGACUGAACAGAAACAUACAAAUAAACCUUACUGUGUAGACGUAUUAAUGUAAAACAAUCUUUCAUCUCAAUUUUCAUUCAAACAGGAAGUUCUGGACAACUGCUGGAGGCUGGGAGAUAUCUGAUGAUGUUGAUGACAGCUGCAGCCUACAUCCUAUACUCUCUGAUCCAGCAGUAGUUUAUACUUUAGAUCUAGACUUGCAUCCC